AUGCGAAAAGAAGAUGAAGAACGUGAAACUUCAUCUGAUAUGUUCAUUCGCGGAUUUGAGAAAAGACCGAUCGAGAUUAGCAAGGUGACAUUAAACCAACUCGGAGAUUGGAUCAGCAAAAUAAACUCCAUCCUCGACCAACUGUCAGACCAGCAAAAAAUACAUCUCUUCCAUAUUAGAUCUUCACCGCAGUUUGUUGAGAAGCUUGUUGAAGAGAUCGAAGCCAAACGGGGACUAGAGGGUCGUUAUAAAAAAUUGGCUACGCUGAUGGUUGAGAAACAAACAAAAGCACAGGAGCAGAUUGCUAAAGCAGAUCAAGAACUGCAGACCGUGGUUACUUCUACGAAGGAACUUCAAAAACAAGUGAGCUUAAAUUAAAA